UGUCUUCGUGGUUUUCGAGAGCGUUUUUGUCAAAUUGUUGAUAUUGAAGCCGACAAGUUUAAUGUAAAUUUGGUUGUCCUUUCCGUUCCAUGGAAAGAAGAUCUGAAAGAUUCGUCUUCUGACGCCUUCAUAUCACUGGAGAAAGACAUCUGCAGUGAGAUGCGAAAUACAUUUGGUCGAAAAAUGUUGUUAUGCAAACUACUYCAAGCAAGCAAAGGUAGUGUUGUCACAACCACCGAACUUGUCUUUAAUGGCACAAAGAUGGAGAGCGAAGUAAUAGAAACGUUAGCUAACGCAACAGUUAAUGGGACUCUGGGAGCAUUGAAACUGAAAUCUUCUGCCGGAUUCAAUGCAUCUGCACAAAUAGGUGUGGACGAUGUUUGUGCAAGUAAGCCAUGCAACUUCGCCGGCAAGUGUAUUGCAAAGGGCACGGGAUAUAAAUGUGAUUGCAAGCUGUUUAGAUUUGGGGACCAUUGCCAAGAUGGUAUUAGUCUCGCUGCUGGCAUUAUUGCCAUCGUAUUUGGUUGUAUUGCCGUUGCAAUCAUAAUCUUUGCAAUAGUUCGUUGCUGUUGCUGGGUGAGCAAGAAAGACUCGUACAGAGCAGAAACGAGAAGCAGCUAUACAACGAAUGUCAGUAUGGAUAGUUUUCAUGUCAAGAAUGGAGGCCAUAUUGAAUCCAAAGACAAUCCUGGUUUUGAUGAUAAUAAUUGCAACACGAAGUCGCUUGAUGAAAAGUCCACCCCAAUUUAAACUACCGGUGCUUUUUCUUAAAUCGUUAUGUUAUGUAUAAAAUAUUGCAAGUUUACAUAGUUUUCAGGUCAAAAUAAUUGCACUGCACAAAGUUCAGACUUGCACCAAGUAACUUGCCGUGUACUCUCGAUCGGAGCAAUCACAACAYUUUUUUUAUUYCGAAUGAGCKUUAUUAUCAGAACGAUUUUGYAAUGUUUUCUAUGACUAUAUAGAAUGCUAMUUUUUAGAYAAGCGGCAAUAGGUCAUGUUCGAUCUUCGGACUAAAUAUAAGUUGGAAAGCAAUUUUAAUUGCUUAAAAGCUUAAGGCAUCUGUUGUUAUAUUWACCCUAUUCAGAGAAUGAGCUCAUGGGGAAGGGUCUCAUGCAUAUGUGUAGGUAUAAUUAUACUGAUUUCUCAAUUAAAAAACCAUUUGCAAUUGUCUGUAUAUCGAUAUCUUCAUAACCAGUGAAAUUUCGCAAUUAGCUCGUUACUGCUCUUUUUUCGGGGAAAACAAUGGAUAAUCUUGAUUUAUUCUUUUAUUUCGCCGGAGCCUCGUCUGCAAUUCUUUUGUACAUGGUCAUUGGACCAAAAUAUCUAAAGUCGGCUAUUGUGAUGGCAUCAUGUUCUGUAGUGUAUUAAGUAAUGGCCCGAGUAAGAAGUAGGCAAGCAAACAGCAAUGGAAUGCAAGAAUKUGCUAAUUCAUUGAUUAAAACAUGAUAAUCUGACAUAAUUUCACAAGUUAGUGCAUUUCUUAAUUUUCUAUUUAAUAUAUCUGAUUCCGACUUCAUGAAAGCUUUAGCUUUAAUWUUAAUAGAGAACUCGAGUGUGACGCCACAAAGAUCCU